CUACACCCAGACCGGAGGCAGAGAGGAAGGAAGCGUUGAGACGGAGUGAGAUACGCGGAGAAAAGUUCGCCGCCCGUCCCUCCUCACAGCGAACGUCGUCCGUGCGCUCAGAGAGGGGCCGAAAGACCAGAUAAUGUCCACCUCCGACGAGACGGAUGGGCUGGGGGCCCCCAGACCGCACUAUGGCUCUGUAUUGGAUAACGAGCGUCUCACGGCCGAGGAGAUGGAUGAACGGAGAAGGCAAAACAUCGCCUACGAGUAUCUCUGUCACCUGGAGGAGGCGAAGCGUUGGAUGGAGGCCUGUUUGGACGAAGAGCUCCCUCCCACAACCGAGCUGGAAGAAGGUCUGAGAAACGGUGUCUAUCUGGCCAAACUGGGCAACUUCUUCAGUCCGAACGUGGUGUCCCGCAAAAAGAUCUACGACUGUGAACAAACCAGAUACAAGGCCACCGGACUGCACUUUAGACACACGGACAACACCAUUCAGUGGUUCAACGCCAUGUCGAAAAUUGGGCUGCCCAAGAUUUUUUACCCUGAGACAACAGACGUCUACGACAGGAAGAACAUGCCUCGGUGCAUCUACUGUAUCCACGCCCUCAGUCUGUAUCUUUUCAAACUGGGCUUGGCUCCACAAAUUCAGGACCUUUACGGCAAAGUUGCUUUCACAGAGGAGGAGAUCAACAACAUGAAGCGUGAGCUGGAGAAGUAUGGGAUCCAGAUGCCUGCCUUCAGCAAGAUUGGCGGCAUUCUUGCCAACGAGCUCUCGGUGGAUGAGGCUGCCCUGCAUGCUGCUGUCAUCGCCAUCAACGACGCCGUAGACCGUGGGGUUGCGGCAGAGACCCUGACAGCAAUGAAGAACCCUAACGCCCUGCUGCUGAACCUCGAUGAGAGUCAGAGUGAGCAGUACCAGGCCACCCUGAGCUGUGCCAAGCACGAGAAGGCAGCCAAUGCUAGAAACAAGGAGGUUCCAGGGAGCCCAGACAGUGAGCGAGAUGUUUACGAGGUACUCCUGACUCAGGCUGAGAUCCAAGGCAACGUCAACAAAGUCAACCUGCAGUCGGGUCUGAAGUGUGUGGAGGAGGCCUUGCAGCAAGGGGAUGCACGGGGCUUGUACAACACCCUGCGGUCACCAGCCCUGGGCCUGCGAGGCGUGGAACUAGAGGCCUGCGACUGGUACCUCAAGGAAUUGUCCGCCAGCAGACAGCGGAAGAUCCAGGAGCAAGGCUUGAAUGAGCCGCUGACCAAAGAGGAGUUACAGGCUGGAGUUGAUCAGGCUAACGAAGAUGCUCAGCGCUUCAAGAAAUUGCUGGAGGCCGUGUCCCGGAUUAACGCCGCGAUCCGCGGCGGGGAUGCUGACCAGACGGUGAAGGAGCUGAAGCACCCUGAGGCACAGUUACCGGAAGUUCAUCAGUUUGCAGCCCCCCUGUACCAACAGGAACUGUGGACCCUGCAGCAGCAGAGCCAGGAGGGCAACCUGACACACACGGAGCUGCUGGUAGCUGUGGAGAUGCUUUCCUCAGUGGCACUGAUUAACCGUGCUCUGGAGGCGGGUGACAUGAACGAGGUGUGGAGGCUGAUCCGUAACCGGGUGACCGGUCUCACCAAUGUCGACGAUGGCAAUGGACAGAGGUACAUCGAUGAGCUGAUGAAACUGAAGACUAAAGCUCGAGCUGAGGGGACCGAGUUCCUCACCUGGAACGACAUCCAGGCCACAGUUGACCAGGUCAAUAUGGUGGUUCAGGAGGAACAUGACAGAAUUAAGGCAAUUAGCCUGAUUAACGAAGCUGUGGAUGAAGGAGAUUCUCAAAAGACCCUGGAGGCUUUGCUGUUGCCCAGUGCCAAACUGGCCGAUGUGUCCCCUCCUGUGGCUGAACAUUACCAGGAGAUGCUCAUCAGAACCAAGAGGGAAAAAGCGCAGGAGACACAAGACGACUCUGCUGUACUUUGGCUCGAUGAGAUCCAGGACACCAUCUGGAGAUCCAACAAGGACACCGAGGACGCCAAGAAAUUCUCUCUGGGAAUCCUGACCAUCAAUGAGGCGGUGGACUCCGGGGACACAGCAAAGAUCCUGUCCUCGCUGCGAUCCCCGGACGUGGGUCUGUAUGGGGUCACCUCGGAGUGUGAGGACGUCUACCAGCAGGAACUAACCCAAGCCAAGGCAGCCAAGAAGUCAGAAGGUGACAAUGGCAGCCCGUGGGUCCGGCACUGGGUGAAGGGUGGAUACCAUUAUUACUUCAACUUGGAAACGAAAGAAGGGACCUGGGAGGAGCCGUCAGGAUUCAUCCAAAACAGUACACAGCUGAGCAGGGAGGAGAUCCAGUCGACCAUCUCGGGCGUGACAGCGGCCUACAACCGCGAGCAGCUCUGGGUUGCCAAUGAGGGCCUUGUCACCAAGCUGCAGGCCCGUUGCCGAGGGUACCUGGUCCGGAGGGAGUUCCUGGAGCGGAUGAAGUUCCUGAAGAGGCAGCAGCCGGCGAUCCUGACCAUCCAGUCAAACUGGAGAGGGUUCAAACAGAGGAAGGCCUACCAGAAGAGGCUUCAGUACUUCUCAGACAACACUGCUGCCGUUGUGAAGAUCCAGGCAUUAUUCCGGAUGCUCCGGGCCAGGAAGAAGUAUCGGGAUCGUCUGAAAUACUUCAGAGACCACGAGUCGGACAUCAUUAAAAUCCAGGCGUUCAUCCGGGCCAACAAGGCCAGGGAUGAUUAUAAAACACUGAUCAGUGCCGAGCAGCCACCGAUGGCCGUUGUCCGUAAGUUUGUCCACCUGCUUGACCAGAGUGACCAGGACUUCCAGGAGGAGCUGGAGAUGAUGCGCCUGAGGGAGGAGGUGGUGACUCGGAUCCGAUCCAACCAGCAGCUGGAGAACGACCUCAACACCAUGGACAUCAAGAUCGGGCUGCUGGUGAAGAACAAGAUCACGCUGCAGGAGGUGGUGUCACACAGUAAGAAGCUGACACGAAAGAACAAGGAACAGUUGUCAGACAUGAUGAAGAUCGACAGACAGAAGGGGGGCCUGAAGGGGCUGAGCAAGGAGAAGCGAAUGAAGCUCGAGGCAUAUCAGAACCUCUUCUACCUUCUCCAGACGAACCCCACCUACCUGGCUAAGCUGAUCUUCCAGAUGCCGCAGAACAAAUCUACCAAGUUCAUGGACUCAGUCAUUUUCACUCUGUACAACUACGCCUCGAAUCAGAGAGAGGAAUACCUUCUGCUGAAGCUCUUCAAGACAGCUCUUCAGGAGGAGAUCAAGUCGAAGGUUGACCAGAUUCACGAGAUUAUCACCGGAAACCCCACCGUCAUCAAGAUGGUCGUGAGUUUUAACCGGGGGGCACGGGGGCAGAACGCCCUCCGCCAGAUCCUGGCGCCCGUCGUCAAGGAGAUCAUCGAGGAAAAGACCAUGAACAUCAAGACCGACCCAGUGGAUAUCUACAAGGCUUGGGUCAACCAGAUGGAGUCACAGACUGGAGAAGCCAGUAAGCUGCCAUACGACGUGACACCAGACCAGGCACUGGGGCAUGAAGAGGUGCGGCAGAGGCUUGAUGCCUCCAUCAAGAACAUGAGGACAGUGACAGACAAAUUCCUCUCAGCCAUUGUCACAUCGGUGGACAAAAUCCCGUAUGGCAUGAGAAUCAUCGCCAAGGUGCUGAAGGACUCGCUGCACGAGAAGUUUCCGGAUGCCACGGAUGAUGAGCUGAUAAAGAUCGUGGGAAACCUGCUGUACUACCGGUACAUGAACCCAGCCAUCGUGGCCCCCGACGCCUUUGACAUCAUCGACCUGUCAGCGGGUGGUGGCGGGCUCUCCACCGACCAGCGACGUAACCUGGGCUCCAUCGCCAAGGUCCUGCAGCACGCAGCCUCCAACAAGAUGUUCGACAAGGAGUACUGUCACCUGGCCUCCAUCAACGAGUACUUGUCUCACGCUCACAACAAGUUCAGGAGGUUCAUCCAGGCAGCGUGUGAGGUGCCGGAGCUCGAGGACAAGUUCAACAUCGAUGAGUACUCUGAUCUGGUGACCCUGAACAAACCAGUCAUCUACAUCUCCAUCGGGGAGAUCAUCAAUACUCACACGCUUUUCUUGGAUCACCAGGAUGCCAUCGCGCCAGAUCACAACGACCCCAUUCAUGAGCUGCUAGAGGAUCUCGGCGAGGUGCCCACCAUCGAGUCUAUGAUCGGGGAAGGAGGCAUGACUGAUGCGGGUAAGGAACAACUGGCCAAGACUGAGGUGUCCCUCUCCCUCACCAACAAGUUCGACGUGCCUGGCGGAGAGAACGAAGCGAUGAAUGCCCGCGCUCUGCUCCUCAACACAAAGAGGCUGAUUGUGGACGUGAUCCGGUUCCAGCCAGGGGAGACGCUGACCGAGAUCCUGGAGAGCCCGGCCUCUGCGGAACAGGAUGCUGAUCAUCAGCGAGCGAUGCAGCGACGAGCGAUACGGGAUGCAAAGACCCCUGAGAAGAUAAAGCGGAAUCAGCUGGAGGAGGAAGAGAACCAGAUGACCCUGACGGAGAAGAAAGAGAAGAUUGUGCAGAACCUGAAGAAGCUGGCAGCCCUGGGGAAGGUCGACCCCCAGAACAAGUACCAGGACCUGAUCAACGAUGUUGCCAAGGAUAUUCGAAACCAGCGGCGGUACCGGCAGAGGCGGAAGGCAGAACUGGUGCGCCUGCAGCAGACGUACAGCGGCCUGAUCUCCAAGACCACUUUCUACGAAGAGCAAAUUGACUAUUACAACCAGUACAUCAAGACCUGUAUGGACAACCUGGCCAGCAAGGGCAAGGUCUCGAAGAAACCAGGAGACAGAAGUGUGAAAGGAAAGAAGAGCAAGCAGGUUUCCCAGCGGUACACUGCUGCCAGGCUACACGAGAAGGGCGUUCUGCUGGAGAUUGAGGAUCUCAACACCAACCAGUUUAAAAAUGUCAUUUUCGACAUCUGUCCCACAGAGGAAGUGGGCGACUUCGAAGUGAAAGCGAAGUUUAUGGGGGUCCAAAUGGAUUCUUUCAUGCUCCACUAUCAGGACCUCCUCCAGCUCCAGUACGAGGGUGUCGCUGUCAUGAAGUUGUUCGACAAAGCCAAGGUCAAUGUCAACCUGUUGAUUUUCCUGCUCAACAAGAAGUUCUAUGGGAAGUAGAGGGAGGCUGGUCCAGGAUCCCUCACUGCCCCAAUGACAAGAUGCUGCCUUUGUGGCGUGCACAAAGUCAGUUUAGUUCUGCAGAGAUCAGAAAUGGAUGCUCGAGGAUGUGACCCAUAUGGAGGAGAAUAGGGUUAUCAAAGUGUGCAAUUUUAUAUUUCAUAUGAUAUAGCCAGAACAUUUAUAGACAGCAUCUUCUGCAUUCAUAGUGGUCUUUGAAUUGCUUAAGAGGCGUAAAUAUUUGUAAACACAACCCCCUCUUAUUUUUAUAUAAACUACAUUUGCAACUUUUCCAUUUCUGUGCAGGAACUGUCCCUUUCCCAGACAAGCUUUCUAACCGUCUGUCCAGUCCUCUGGCCUCUUUGCCUGGGAUAGCAGUUGGUUGGUGGACGGGUUUGUCCAGCCCACCACAUUCCAUCAACUGAAGUCAAAAACUUGGAGCUGUUAUUCCCGGGAUAAUGGGUGCCAGGCACUUUGGGAAACACACAUCCUUUUCCAGUGCCCACUGGCGUUAAAUAGACAGUAAGUCUACAGGAGGAGAACAAUGAGGGUACAGAAUGAAUACAGCUCAUGAAAUCCCCAUGGUUCAAGCAAACACCUGCACCCUGACUCAACAGUUCAGUGGAGUUGUAACACACUGGAGUAAUUGCCCCCUGUUGUGCCUACAGACUGUAAUUUCAGCAGCUUCUUACCCAACACAUCCCUACUGGGAGAUAGGCCGCUGACAGCAGCUCACCAGAGUCAUCUAUCCUGGGCCAGUCUUUCAAAUUGUCCCCAGGUACACCCCCAUCUCCUAGGGAUGAGGAUUUUGGGCUUCAGUUAGUGUCAUGCUGAGUUUUUUUUUACAGGACGGGCUUGUUUGACCCAAGUUCAACUGUCCUCCUUUCACAGUUGGGCGUGGGACUGUCCAUGGCAGAAUUGUAGGUUCAGUUUCGUGCUGGAGCUUUGCAGAUCAUCUUGAGGUGUGCCUUGCCUCUCCGUGUCCACAGCUCUUCCCUCCAACUCCCCACCAGUGCACACGGUUAAGGAGGAGCCUUCUGUCUCUGCCUCUCUGUUACAGUGUCACUUUUCGUUUGAACCCUUCCUCAGCCUUGGUGUUCCACGGAUCACAUUUCCCCCCCACACAGUCUAUCUCCUGAGUGGUGGGCCCUGGAUUUUUCACCACCUCCAUUGUGGUCCCACCAUUAACCCACUUCUGACACUGUCCCUGUGGGCAGGUGAGGUGAAAGGUGACAAGAGGAGUCCUCAGCUCAGCCAAAUCCGUGCUCUCCCAACUCCUGGAAGAAAGGACUGACUGUAUGGACUGGCGCAUCCACAGUUGCUGAGCUAGAAGCGACCAUUUAGAGCAGCUCGAUGCACACCAUUGCAGUGCAUGGACAGCUGUUGCACAGAGACUACACAGAGAAAGUUGUAGUUGGCUAAAUUAUUUGUCCCAUUCCUGAUGCUCUUACAAUGAAAUUGUAUUUGCAGGAAUAUCGGUUCAUUUUAAGAAAAAUAAAUUGUGUUUCCGUCUCCAAGAUCAGUGAGUGUGCUGAUGGACUGAAUCACUUAUUUGGUUUA